CUGAUUCUUAGCUCGCCUGACCUGGUGGGAACAAAGGGUACAUUGGUGGGCUACUCCAGUGGUGGUGACCCACUGUACAACUUCAACGGUGAUGCAUUUCACACGGGGCCGGGCUACUCCAUGUUGUCCGUGCUUAGGUCUGGUCUGACACAGAUUAUGAAAGAGUCGGACUUGAGGCGGAUAUUCUAUUUCCUCUGCAUCAAUCUGAUGUUCACGGGUGUGGAGCUGUUAUAUGGCAUGUGGACGAACUCGCUGGGGCUCAUCUCAGACGGUUUCCAUAUGCUUUUUGACUGUUCUGCGCUGGUUAUGGGCCUUGCAGCCUCCUUGCUGGCGAGACGCAGUGCGACGCGAACGUUUCCAUUUGGGUACGGUCGCGUGGAGGUCCUUUCGGGCUUCACGAAUGGGCUGUUUCUUGUUGUCAUUGCCUUUAUGGUCUUCAGUGAAGCCAUCACAAGGCUUUUCGACCCUCCGCAAGUCAAGACCGAGCGUCUCCUGACUGUUUCCAUAGCAGGGCUUAUUGUGAACCUGAUUGGAAUCCUCGCCUUUCGUCACACUCACUCGCACAGCAAUGGUACUAGUCACAGCCACAGUCACAGUCAUGGGCAUAGUCAUACGGGUGCCAACACAAAUUUGCAAGGUGUUUUCCUUCACAUCCUAGCUGACACGUUAGGCAGUGUUGGCGUGAUUGUAUCAUCCCUGCUGAUUGACCAGUUUGGUCUGCUCGUGGCAGACCCUUUGUGCUCGGUGUUCAUUGCCGUGCUCAUUUUUGUCAGUGUGCUGCCUCUGCUCAAACAUUCCUCCAUGAUAUUAGUACUGAGAACGCCUCUUCAGUUAGAAGGCAAGAAGCUGACGUCCAUGCUAAGCAAAGCGCGCUGCGCUGGCCCGCUAGUGAACGAUAGGACGUCGGUGGUGGUGGUGGCGGCGGCGGUGGCCUCUAAUGGUGGAAGUGCGGUGGCGGUGGCAUCUGGCGGCGAGUGCGACGGGGCGGCGUUUUGGCGCGGACGUGGAGGAGGUUUCGAGGAGAGCUGCAGCCUUCUCCUUGCGGACCACACUUGCGAAAGUAGUGAGAAACCUAGCACGACAGACUUUCCAAGUGGUGAGGCUCCACUCUUAAUUUUGGAACCAGGUGCGAGCAGCAUCUUCUAA